AUGUGGCUACCCAAAGGGGCACGUUUCACCUCACUGCUCCCGAGGACUGGGGCCGUGGGCUUGAUGCUCUUCCAGCUGGUGAGCCCAGAUCCCACCUGUGAAGAAAAUGAAAUGUGUGUGGGCCAAGAUGAACAACCCUUCAGUGGCUGCUCCAUCUGGUGCUUGAUGCUAAUCAUUCUGAUCACCAUCAUAUGCUGCACGGUCCUGGUCUGCCUCCACCACUGGCUGAAGAGGUCUCACCCCUGUCUCCCUCGGCGCGCUGUGGCAGUGUUUGCUGCCAAUGAUAUCCAGUCCAUUUCUGGCAGAGAAGCCGUCAUGGGUCCAGCAGCAAGAGGUGACCUCCAUUCCCCAUACCCUGAGCUGUAUUCUCCAUCCUGUAUUGUCCCUUUGGGACCCCCACCUCCCUAUGAAGAUGCUCAGAAAACAAGCAGAUUAUAA